AUCAUUAAAGGAAUUACUGACACAUACCCAGCUCUUCUUCCUCAGUAUUUGACUUCUAUUUGUAACCAAGUGGAGCCUUCUGCUUCCUCAAAUAUUCGACUUUAUCUUCAGCAACUGAAAAUGGAUUGCAAAUCAUCUAAAUGAAAUGGCAUUCUCUUACUAUGAAAAGAAUUGAACUAGAAGACCAAACUCAACACUUUUAUGCUGUCUCUUUCUCUAAGUCAUCACAUUGUGAAUCAAACAUCAUGUGGUGUCACAAUUGUAAAAGUUGGUGGUAGUAAACAGGAUGGGCCCCAUUUAUCAGUAGCACCUUUCCUUUCACAGUUGCAAUCUAUGCCACCCAUUUCUUUUUCAAAAGCUCUUCAUAAUGGCAUUAGAGAGAGUCGAUCACGUUAUAAUUUAACUGGUCAUGCUGAAGCUAGGUCUAUGUCACAGCUUGGUUCUUUUCAAGCUAUUAACAGAAGUAUGGGACGGUUACCAUCAUCAAUGAGUACCCUGUAUUAUCAAAGUGCUACACGUUUGGGUUCUCCUGUUGGUUUGCAUACUAGUAUGAUGCGCCUUGGUUCAUCAUCUGCUGUGAAUCGUAGUAUGACAGCCAUAAAUUAUAAAAAUGUAAACAUUCCUGUAACACGGGUCUCUAGUGGUGGUGUAACUGUAAUGACAUCAUCUCCUCCUCAAAAGGGUAUUAGUGGUAGUAUGCCUACUCUACAAGAAGAAGGUCCUGUAACUGUAUCAAUUGGUAAUAAUCAACCUGUUAUUGUACACGAUUCAUCUGUGCUGAGGUCAAGCCAGUCUACAUCUACAACAACAUCUGUGAGUCCAUCAUCUAGUAUACCCGCAUCUGCUGCUGUUGGUAGCCAAGUUACAGCAUCGUUUGCUACAGCUUUAGUACAUACAUCUCAUACUUAUACCCCACAGGCUACAAAAAUGAGAAAUACUAGUGGAGUGACUGUAAUAACUCAUUCUGGUUCACAAUCUACUACAAAUCCUCAGAGAAUUUCAGUAUUUGAACCCUAUCCUAUGCGAGAUGCUGUUCAGCAUUUUUGUGAAAAGCACCUUGAUAAAAUUAAAGCAUAUAUGGUUAAAGUAUUUGUCAAAAUUCCUUUGCCUGUUAGGUGUACUAUUGAAGAACGAAAAGCUAGGAAGCAUGCUAAAAUAUAUUUUGCUUGUCAAGGAAAAGGGGAGCAUUGUUUAUAUAACAGAACAUUUUUCAUAAUGAAAACUCGUAAUCCACGUGUAUGGAUUCAUUUAAUGUUCUUGGCUUUGCAGGCCAGGGCUUCAAUGGCUCUCAGUACUAGAGAAGCAUCUGUAAGUAGCCUGAAAAAUUGUUGGGAUACAUUGAAAGCUGAUAAUAAAAGUUUUCUUACUUUGGUGACUUCUGCAUUUCCUUCUGCAAAGGAUCAAGACACAUUAAUAACUGAACUUCGCAUAGCUAGAUUCUUUGAUGUUUUUGAAUAUAAUGGACCUCUAAAUUUAUGGGGCUGCUUUUUAUGCAAUCAUCCGGAUAGAGCAAGGGGUUUUCUUCAAGAUAAGCAACCUGUUAUAGAGGGUCAGUUAAAAGAGAAAAAAGGGAAAUGGAAGCUCUUUCGUCGUUGGAGGACAAGAUAUUUUACUUUGUCAGCUGGGCAUUUAUCAUAUAGAGGAUCUCAGGAUGAAAAAGAAGUCCAGCCAAUUGAUAUUAGUCAAAUACGUAGUGUGCGUGCUAUUAGCAGCAGAGGUAGAAAUAUUCCUAAAGCAUUUGAAAUAUUUACAAAUGAGAAAACAUUUGUUUUGAAAGCUAAAGACAGCAAAAAUACUGAGCAGUGGGUACAGUGUCUGUCUAUUGCAAUGGCUCAUUCUCAUGCAAAAGAUGUAGCUCAUUAAAAAUAAGCAUAUUUCAAAGUAAACUCAUUGCUUUGUGAUCUAUUUAUCAGUGCAGAUAUUUCAAUUCUGUAGUUUGUAAAUAAUCUUUGGUAGUUUCCUUAUAUGAUUUAAUCAUUAUAAAAAAUUAAUCAUGAUUUUUGCAGAUCAUUUUAACUGUCUUUUCUAAACUCAUUACCUGUUACCUUAUGCAGUAGGUAAUAAGAGUAGAAAUGAUAUUAGAGGGUGGCCAUUUAACCUUAUUUUCUUGAAUAUUUAUGCUAGACAUAUACUUCCAGUUACAGUCAUUAAAAAUGUGGUAGAUAUAAUUGUAUAAGAAGAGUUUUAGCUCUAGAAGAUUGGAGUGUUCCAAAAUAACAGAAUUUCUAUGUAGUUCCCCAAAAGCAAAGAAACUUAGAAAUAUAAUAUUCAUUAAUUAUUCUUUGCCAAGUUAAAUGUCAUGGCUAUGUAGUUUUUAAAUGCCAAAUAUUCAUGCUUAAUGUAUUCUUAGGCUAGAUAUGAAUUUAAUAAAUGUUGUUUCACCCAUGACAAAAACACUAAUUACCCUAAUGUUUGUUUUGUAGUAUCUUCCUAAAAUUUAGGAGAAAUUUAAUUUCGGUCAUUAGUAUGCACCGAAAAGCGAUCCAAGAACUAAAUUCAGGAAUUUUCAACAUAAUGUUGUGGAACUUUUUAUAUUGAAACCUUAUAAAUUUUUUACUGUUCAGGGGUUUCUCUUCAUAGAAGUCUUACAGAAAGUUUUUAUAACAGAAUACUCCCACUCAGAAUCUUGAAACUACUUUUAAAAUAUUCUUGUUUAUGAUUUAUAUAUAUGUGCCAUACUUUGAGAAAUUCUAAGUGGAAGUAAAUGCCUGGUAUUACAGAAAUAAAUUCUGUAGAUGCUUGAAUGUCUCUUCUUUGGAAACAUUUGCAUAAGCCAGUUUAUUAUGGCACAUAGAGAUUUUGUCUCAAAAUUACAGUAAAAAUAUGUUUAAAAAAUUGUGUUUGUGUAAUGUUAUGAAUGAAGUGCUUUUAUCUGUUGUUAACAUUGACCCAGUUUGCUAUUUAUAUGUUCCAUACUGAAACUGUUUUCUAAAUAUUUUAAGUUACAUUGAUGUAAUAUUACAACCAAAGUAUCUUUAAACUGUUUGCUCUCAGUGGCAGCGAAUGAAGUGUCUUAAUAGGCACAUGGUCUUGGAGUGCUGAAUGUCGUUUUGUGCCUGAGGGUAUUUUGUAAUUAAACCUAACCUACAAAAGUAAUUCUUAUAAAAUCUGCUUCUUAUCAAAAUAGUUGGAUUUUUAUUUGUUAUUUAAAUGUUGUUUUUACAAUUUAAAUGAAAAAAUAAAAGAUAAAAUGCAAUAUUAGUAAUAAUGAUUAUAUGUACAUAUAUAAAUUAUUUCCAUACAACAAUAAAAUAGGAAACUUAAAAAUUACAUCAUCAGUGUGAGUUAUAUUGUAUUGCCAUAUUUAUAUACUGAAUUUUAAGUUGAUCACAGUGUGUGAAACAUUUCUAAGCUGUGAACAUGCAUUGUGAGCAUCAUGCAUUUUACAUUCAUAGAACAAAAUACUCUUAAAUAACAAGGCAGACAUUCCAGUCAAGUUUAACAGCAUUCUGAUAUCAUUUUUGUGCAUUUAAAAAUUUGAAAUAAAAUGUUCCGUUUCAGCAUAUCAAAUAAAAUGAAGUGGGUGUCACUGUUGACACUUCACUCCCAUAUCACAAUUUAUGGUGGACCUGUGGAGGAAAACAAGUGUAUUAUACAUAUCUAGUGUGAUGGGAGUGAACAAGUUAAUUUUAUGUAGGAUAAUGAUUUCUGUUAUAAUGAUAUUCAGUGCUCUUAUUUAAGUUUUAUACAGUGUUCAUUUUCAUGUGCAUGGCAGAUUAUGUGAAAGUUUUCUUGUCACAUACACUGGUUACAUGUUACUAAAGAUAAUAAAGUACUUCAUUAUAAAUUGCUUUUUAGAGGAAAGCCAUGAUAAAAUUGGCAUAAUGCGUUUGUUCGUAACUCGUUUAGUAAGCUAAUUCCCUACUCUUAAAAUUAUGAAAUGUUUAAGGAACUAGGAAUAUUUAUUUAUAAGGAAUUCAUAUAAAUGCCAUCUCAUAGUUUAAAAUUUCAUUGUGCCUUAAGAUUAUUAAUUUCUUAAAAGUGAUAUAUCUGUGUGUAUAUAUAUAUGUGUUUAUAUAUAUAUUUGUAAUUAAAGAUUAUACUUUAAGAAAUGUAUAUAUAUUUUGUGUAUUCUGAAGACAUGUCAUUUGCUGUCAUAAUUUGUAUUCAUGUUAUUAAGUUCAAAUCUAGAAGGACUUUUAACAAGGCUCAUUGACUUAACUGAGUUCUGUAAGAUAAAUACUCUGCAGGGAAUCAUUAUACAUCCCUGAAAUUUAGUCUUCCAUGAAUAUUUAUAUUUUAAAGAUGUAUAUUUAUUGUUAUGUACUUGUGAUAAUAGAAAUAUUUUAGUUAAAGGAUAAGUUGUUUUGUAAAAUUUAAGAGAAUAAUAAACAACUUACAUUCA